AUGGCCGCGGAAUUGCUGCAGGCUCGCGCCGAGAAAACAGAACACCUCUACGCCGAUCCGCACAAUCCACACCUCUACCUCGACCGCGCCCGUCUCUAUGAACAGCUCGGCUUCCCCGAUUUAGCGGCCGCCGAUGCGUACCGCGCGCUGUCACUGCUCGAAUCUGUCGUUGACCCAGACGGGUGUGAAUUCUUUGCUCGCAAGAAGGUUGAUACACCUGCUGCUGAGGUGACGACUGCGCCGAAUACUGAAGGCGAGGGAGACAAGGACGAGGACGAGGACGAGGACGAGGAUGACGAUGACGACAACACAAUCCCAAUAACGCAGGAGGAAUACGAUGCCUCAAUUGGCGAAGUAUAUGCCAUUCUAGUGCGUGGUCUGGUCCGCUGUGGCUGUUAUCGCGAUGCGUAUGAAUUCGGCGUGCGCGGAAUCGGUCUGUUGGAUGGUUCUUCUUCAGCCACGACUGUACUGAACGAGCAAAUGGAGCAAGUCAAGAAGGUGUACCAGGCUCGCACGAAAUCAGAGCAAGACAUCGAACUAACCUCGAUUGACUCUGCCAUUCUCCCCGCGCAAGGCUAUGCUCGCCGCGUCCUUUAUCCCUGGAACGAACAUGAACCUGAUCGUCGUGCGCCGGAGGAAUUGAAAUUCCUCAACGAGAGACUCGCUGAUAUUGCGCCGAAAUGCGAAGUUCGAGCCGUGGCUCUACCGGCUUUGCAUGAUGGUCAUGAUGAGGAAGAAGUCUCUGUUCAACUUGGUCUCUUUGCUAAGGAAGAUAUCGCCGCUGAUGAAAUUAUUCUUCGCGAGAACUCGCUUCUCACUGCGACAAAUCGUCUCCAUGAUGAUCUUUGCGACGCAUGUAAUGCUCCCUUGCCGGAUCUCUCGGCUGCAGAGCCACCUGUCGGAUGUGAGGGUGGUUGUGCAGAUACCGUGUUCUGCAGUCAGACCUGCCAUGACCUCGCACAGCGUGUCUAUCACGGUGCGAUUUGCGGGUUGGAAGAUGGUCUUGAGUCUAUUGGGAAGGAUAUUCCCGAUCCUAAGGAUAAGGCGGAUUGCCUGUACCUUCUGCUACUCGGUCGAGCUCUCGCCAUGUCUGCCACGCAGGAUGUCGACGCCCUAGAACUGCCAGAAGUGAAGUAUAUAUGGGGAGAUUUCCACGACUUCGACAUCAAGACAGCACUUGCUUCGCCCUCGCAAAGCGAUGACUCCGUCUCCCUCCCAUUCUCCUUCCAACUGAACAUCCUCCAGCCCAUGCGCUUCCUCGAGGAAAUGGAGAUCGAUCCCUAUGCCUCGUUGCCACGCUACGACACCUGGGUGCUGAACACGUUGUAUGCCAAGUUCCGCGGCACUGCUUCAGGCCGCCUUUCGACCUGGGAUGGUGGGCCGGAACUUUGCGCUGUGCACCCGCUUUGGUGUUUGGCGAACCAUUCGUGUGAUCCGAACGUGCGGUGGGAGUGGGGUGGAGAAAUUACUUUCCGCGCGAGACACGAUGAGGAAACGGCUGUGUGGGUGAGGACUGAUGAUGAGGGUAAGAUCGCGGCUAAGCCCCCUGCGAAGGGGGGUAUUGCGAAGGACCAGGAGAUUUUGAAUCACUACUGUGAUAUUGGUCUACCGGUCCAUGAGAGGAGAGAGUGGGCUUCUGGUGCUCUGGGUGGUAUUUGCCGCUGUGACAGAUGUAUUUGGGAGUCUUUCGAGGAUUAA